GGCGCUACCGUUGUGAUCAUUCCAAAGUUCGAUCUAACGCUCUUUUGCACAGUUAUCCAAAAAUACAAAGUCAACAUAGCUCAUGUCGUUCCGCCUAUUGUACUAUUGUUAACAAAGAGUCCGGUCGCAAGGACUUUUGACUUUUCGAGUAUACAAAUGUUCAUAUGCGCCGCUGCACCGUUGGGCGAGACCUUGACGAAUGAGUUCUAUAAUAUCUAUAAAUUACCUAUAAAGCAAGGAUAUGGUUUAACUGAGACAACGCCGGUUACUCAUCUUGAUAGCACCUCGGAUCCAGUCUUUGGUUCAAUUGGGAAGCUUUUGCCGAACCUUGAGGCAAAGAUUGUAUCCGAAGAUGGCAAAGAGCUCGGAUAUAACGAACGCGGAGAAUUAUGCGUUCGUGGACCCAAUGUCAUGAAGGGUUAUUGGAACAACAAGGAGGCAACAGAUGCGUGUUUUGACAGCGAAGGAUUCUUUCAUACUGGCGAUAUUGCGACCCUUGCAAGUGAUGAGAAUGGAAAUUUCUUUAUUGUUGACCGCUUAAAAGAACUAAUAAAAUACAAAGGCUUCCAGGUUGCCCCGGCCGAGCUUGAAGCCCUCCUUUUAAACCAUCAAAGCGUAGCCGAUGCAGCCGUUGUUGGUGUUUUUGUCGAAUCGGAAGCGACAGAGUAUCCUAUUGCAUACAUUCACAUCAAAUCAGGCGUCGAACAGACUGAUGAACUCAAGAAAGAUAUUCAAAAGUAUGUUGCAGAUAAUGCUGCACCAUGCAAGAAACUGCGUGGAGGCGUCAUUUUUAUUGAUCAAGUGCCGAAGAGCGCGUCAGGAAAAAUCCUGAGAAAGCUGUUGAGGGCUAGGGCCAGUGAAGAUUUUGCUAAGCUAAAUCAAUGA